AUGCAUCUGUCCGCACUCAUCACAGGAACAAACAGCAAUUUGGGGCUGAACAUCGCCUACCGGCUUCUCGAGGAGGUUCCCACGGGCGACAAGCUCACUAUCAUUGUCACCUCUAGAACCUUGCCCAAGGCCAGAGAGGCCAUCGACAAAAUUAAAGAGUACAACGAAAAACAUGCGCACAGAGAAGGAAUCCUCAGUUUCGACUAUAUCCUCGUGGACUUCUCCAACAUGGUGUCGAUACUGGGCGCCGUGUACGAAUUGAAGAAGUCGCACGAGAAAAUCGACUACUUGUUCAUCAACGCGGCCCAGGGCGUCUACGCAGGCAUCGACUGGAUACAGGCCACUAAAGAGGUGCUGGCCAACCCGGUCAAGGCCUCCACUUUCCCCACCUACAAGAUCCAAAGGGUGGGCGUCAAGUCCCGCGACGGACUCGGUCUGGUUUUCCAGGCAAACGUGUUUGGACCGUACUACUUUGUGCAACAGCUGGCCGAGCCGCUGCUCUCAAAAAGCCCGAGCCCCAAAGUGGUGUGGAUCUCCAGCAUCAUGUCCAAGCCGUCGUACCUGUCGUUUGCGGACCUCCAGCUGCUCCAAUCAGACAUCUCGUACGAAGGGUCCAAACGGCUCGUGGAUUUGCUCCACUUGGCAACUUACAAGGACCUGCACACCAAAUACGGUAUCACGCAGUAUCUCACCCAUCCCGGCAUAUUCACCUCGUUUUCGUUCUUCCAGUACCUGAACCCGUUCACGUUCUACGGCAUGUUGCUCAUGUUCUACGUGGCACGGCUAUUUGGGUCGCCAUGGCACAACAUCUCCGGCUGGACAGCAGCAAACGCCCCGCUCUUCGCCUGCCUCAAAGCACACCCUGCACAUGACUCGCAGGAAAAAAAAUACGGCAGUGCAUGCUCCUACAACGGUAAAGAGUACCUUAAAGUGACCGACGUGGACCCUUCAGGAAAGGCCGACGUGGCGAAGUACUUCCAGGACCUCAAGCUACAAUGGGACGAUCGUCUGAAAGACCAAAUAUCAGACACUAGAAAAAUAUACGCAGACUCAUAA